AUGCUGAAGAAUCCAGGUGCAGUCCUCGUUUUCAAGCCGAACACGAAGAGGGAGGAGGGUCGCAAGACCCAGUUGUCCAACAUACAGGCCAGCCGCGCCGUGAGCGAAAUCGUGAAGACGACGCUGGGCCCCAUGGCGAUGUUGAAGAUGAUGCUGGACCCGCUAGGCGGCAUAGUGAUAACAAACGAUGGAAACUCCAUUCUUAGAGAAAUUGACGUGGCACACCCGGCAGCCAAGUCGCUCAUCGAGUUAAGCAGAUCGCAAGAUGAAGAAGUAGGAGAUGGUACAACCUCCGUGGUGAUCCUCUCAGGAGAGUUACUCAGCAUAGCAGAGUUAUUUCUGAAGCAGAAGAUACACCCGACCAUAAUAGUCAACUGCUACAUGGACGCACUGAACAAGGUGGUGAAAUUUUUAGAUUCUAUUGCCAUCGAGGUGAACAUAAAUGAUGAAGCGAGUUUACUCAAAGCGAUUGAUUCUUGUCUGAGCACAAAGUUUGUCAACCGGUAUAACAAAAUGGUGAGUACUUUAGCUCUUCAGGCAGUGCAGUGUGUAAAAAUAGAAUCGAAUGUCAUGGGAAGGAAAGAAAUCGAUAUUAAAAGGUUUGCGAAGGUAGAGAAGAUUCCUGGAGGAGACAUCACAGAUAGUUAUGUCCUCAAAGGAGUUAUGCUGAAUAAAGACAUCGUUCAUCCGAAAAUGAGGAGACGAAUUAAGAACCCAAGGAUCCUUCUUCUCGAUUGUACCUUAGAAUAUAAAAAGGCAGAAAGUCAAACCAAUGUCGAAAUCCUUGAUGAAGAAACGUGGAAUAAACUUCUCCUACAGGAAGAAAUAGAAGUGAAAAAGUUAUGUGAACAUAUUAUAGACAGCAGAUGUGAUGUUGUCGUUACAGAGAAGGGAGUGUCCGAUCUGGCACAACACUUCCUCGUUAAAAAGAACAUCAGUGUUAUUAGGAGAGUUAGAAAAACGGAUCUAAACAGACUCGAACGAAUCAGUGGUGCUACCAUUGUAAACAGAUGUGACGAAAUUGUCGAAAGUGAUAUCGGAACCAAGUGCGGCUUAUUUGAAGUGAAAAAGAUUGGAGAUGAUUAUUACUCCCAUUUUGUAGAAUGUGAGAACCCACGGGCAUGCACCAUUCUACUUAGAGGAUCAACAAAGGAUGUACUUAACGAAAUCGAGAGGAACCUUCACGACGGAAUGAACGUGGCUAAGAAUAUAAUUUUGGAAGGAAAACUACUCUAUGGGGGGGGAUGCACUGAAAUGAGGGUCGGACAACACCUCAUCAGCCAAGCUAGCCAAUAUGAUGAUUCGAGGAAGAGCAUAAUGGAAGCCGUCGCUUCUGCUCUUGAGAUUAUUCCCAAAAUUUUGGCCCAGAACAGCGGAGCCAAUGUAGUAAAAACGAUUAACGAGCUGAGGAUAAGACACGAGACCCCUGGAGGGGAGAAGUUUGGGGUGGAUGGCAUCACGGGGGAGAUCAUCGAUGUGUCCACGGAGAACAUUUGGGACCUCCUUGCUGUUAAGAAGCAGAUAUACAAGAGCGCCAUCGAGGCAGCAGCCAUGAUUCUGCGCAUCGACGACGUCGUCAGCGGCAUCGGCAAGGAGGACAAGCUGCAGAAGCCCGUCCAGAGCGAGUUCGAGUAG